AUGAAAAGAAGAUAUCUUUGUAAUUGUGACAAAAGUAAGUGCUGUAGCUCUGAUGGUAACAAUAAUUGUACAUGUUGUAAUGGUGAUAAAGUAAAAUGCUGCUUGUGUCCGAGUUCGAAAUCUGAAUGUAAAUGUUCUUGUAAAUCUGGUAAUACUUGCAACGAAUUAUGUUGUCGAGGGCAAUCUCACAGUGGGAAUAAUUGCGUUUGUUGUAGAUGCUGUUGUAGUUGUUUUUGCAAAAAGUCCCAUGAUGAAUAUUAUUUCUAUUUCAUAACAAUGAUUUUUUAUAUAUCCCAACUCUUUGAAGACGUGUUCACAUUUGACAAUGAAAAAAUUCGAAUGGCCAUCCAAUUUAUAUCCAGUUUGGUUUUUUAUUAUGAUCCAUUCAAUUUUUCUAAAAAUUCAUUUUCAUCAAAACGUACUUUUAUAAAUUAUUACAGACUCGUUUUGAAUCCUAAAUCAGAUCCAAUAACCAAAAUUGAAUCUGGCACAAUUUUAAAACUAAUAAAUGGUCAAAUAGUUUUUUUUUUCAGAUUUUCCGAGAUAACCAUAAAUUUGAAUUCAGAAUUGUUCAAAAAAGUUUUUCAAAUAAUCUCUGAACUGAUAUUUUUUAUAAUUAAAGGUGGUUUUAUUUCAACCAAAGUUGAUGGAAAUAUUGUAGGAAUACUAAUUCGUCUUUCAAAUAAAUAUAUUUUGAUCCUAUUUAAUGAAGAAUUAAAACAAACACAGCAGGCUUUGAAUUGUCAUACAGAUAACAAUAAAUGCAACUGUAGCCGUUGUAAAAUAUUUUGGUCGUCUUUAUACUUAUUUUCCAUAAAAUAUAAUUCAAUAGCUUCCCUGCUACAAAAUCUUGGGAUAAUAAUUUCCUUAAAUAUAGGUUUGGGCAAAGUGAAUAUAUAUUAUAACGAAUUCCUGAUAAGAUUUACCAAGAACUCCAGGAUAAGCGAAUCUACACAUGGCCUGUUAUAUGAAAGGAAUGGUAAUUUUGACCACAUUAAUCCUAAGUACUUUGGUUACGAUGAUGUUUAUAGACCCAGUCCACAGUUUGGAUCAGGAUACUUCAAAUUUGUGAUUACCAGAGUGUUCACUGUCAUUGUACUGGUGGUUCUGUUCAUAUUCAUAAGGACUAGAUUUGACAGAUUUGUCAAUACUGAUAUCUUUGGCAGAUACUUGAUCAAGGUAGACUCUAACAUUGGUAGGCUCAGGGAGGUACUUCACAACAGACUAAGUCACAGCGUUAGGAACAUUAGCAGGAUGGGAAGUCUUGACGAUCUCCUAGGUGACAUGACAGAAGGUGAUGUUGGUCAUAACCUAGUCUUUCAUCAUCCAGAGCGGUAUCAAGAUGUCAUUGAUAAUAUGGGUAUGGCUGACAUGGGUCACUAUGAUGCUAUGUCUGAUAUUGACACACUUUCUGACACAUUCACAGAUGCCAGCUUUGAUGGAAGCACUAAGGCUGUCCAGGAGUCCAGGAGAAGAAAGGUUGGAUUCUACAUCCUCAUCAUUGUGUUCUCACUUCUGUCUGCACUGUAUCUGAACUUUGUAGUUAGAGACCUAUCUGUAAUGCUACAGCUAGAUCAUACCACCUGGUCUUACUUCAUAAGCAUUACGGUGUUGAUGGGUAUGAUCAUCAGUCUAGUGGUUAAGUAUUGUGUGCACCUAUAUGACUUCGUGUAUGUGCUGGAGAACUACAGUAAUAAGCUGACUAAGAUUGAGAGCUUUGUCGAUGACAGUUUUGGUGGAGUCACUGGUAACCUAACUUACACAUCUAAGUUUGUACUGCUGUUCCAAUUGCUGAGGAGUAUGAAGACUGACCUAGUAUCUCUGUUUAGUAUGAAUUAUCCAUAUCAAAUACCUGCACACAGUCUGAUGAAGAAUAAGGUAUAUCCCUACAAGGACAUGACUGGUGGCAUGGAGAGAAUGAUGACAUGUGAGAACAUCGAGUGUAUCAGGAAGAUGGUUUUAGAGUCCAUUGGCACUCCAGAAUCCAUGGAUCUGCAAAAUGUACUUGACUUCGUAUCUUAUGUUACUGUCAGAAACACAGCUGAGUUUGAUCAGUACCGUGGUUACUUUAGUGGCUUUGAACGGUACCUGGCUUGGAGACUUGGGAAACUGCUUGGUCAUAACUUCUUCCUACUGACCUAUGGCAGAUACUCAUGUAUGCUUGAGAUGGAUCAUAGGAUUAGGAAACUCAGAAUACCAAGCACACAGUUUCUUAACUGUCAGUUCCUGUGGCAACUAUUUGGCAAUUAUGAAUCUGACCUCAUAUCACUCAAGUGCUUGGGUGAAGAUUCAAUAGGUAUUCCACUAACGCAUGUUCAGAAGGAUGUCCUCAAGAAUAAGUUCGCUGAUGAAUACCUUGAUGAGUUCAAAAAGUACCAAGAGUUCUUGAUCAGGAAACUUCAUAUUAAAGCCUCUAAGUGUUAUGACUCUCCCAGCUGUUACUUUCCAUAUCCAGAACUCAUCAACACUACACUUGAUAGGGACAAAGUCUCUAGACUGACAAGAGAGUACUUUGGUGACAGCAGCAGAAGACUAAGUCUAUCACUGCCAACAACCAACUGUGAUGUUACAAACAAGAUUGUCAACGGAAAAGGUGCUGAGUCACCUGGUGUUUCAGUUACUCAGUUCUGUGAUCAUUGGUUAUAUAUGAGACUUGGUUGUUGUGAGACUGAGGAUUGUGAGAAGGGAGUCAGAUUCGCUCACGACCUGAUAAUGUCAAAACUAAACUGUGAAUCGCAUGUAUUUGAGUCAAUCAAGGAUACCGUUGCCAGUCUUAAGCUUAGUAUCCUUAAUACAGAAGAAACCUAUGAGACACCAGAGGAUAUUCACGUACCCGUAAAGUCCUCAGAGCAUAGAUCACUUAAGGACUACACUGAUAAGCUUACAGAGUUUAGAUAUCAGACUUCAGAUAACUACCAGGAUACAGUGCUGGAUUACUUGAACAGAUAUAUGAUAGAGACUGUGACUAAUAGGGAGAAGAUCAUGGUGCCACUAGGAAUAUUCCUUACCUGGUAUGGAAUACCAGUUUGUGAACAGCAUUUAAGGAAUAUGGGUAAAUUUCAGUAUCUAAUAUGA